AUGUGUUCCCAGCUUUGCAAGCAGCUGGAGCUCCAGGAUCUUGAUCUCCUCUCUUCACUAUCGGAAGACGUGCGACUCGCAUUCGUGAAACUGUACGCUAAGCCAGCGAAAAGGAGACGCGGCAGGGUAUCGGCAUCAAAGGAUGCUGAUACAAGCACCUCUGCUGAUCAUACUGCUAGACCCGUGCCUCCCCGCGAAUUCCAGAUUAAUACGUCCAGAGCACCUGCUCUGAAAGACGCUGUCAAAGCCACCUGCGUCAUUUUCAACGAGCUAAGGAUACUACACGACCCGCUGUUCGCCACCAUAGGCGACCUGCUGUUGGAGCACUCUGAAGACAUAUCAACAGAUGAAGCAGAGCUGCUGUUACGCACGUAUGCAUCGCAGAAUUACAGGGAUCAUGAGAUCGUUAAUGCCCUCGUUCGCAAGGUUGAGGCAGAGCUGGAAAGCAUGGGAAUCGGGACUGUGCUCAGCGUAUAUCGAAGCCUUUCAAAAAUGGAAUUAAUGUCACCAGCGCUGUGCUCAUCCCUGGAACCUCGGCUAUGUCAGCGCAGCGACAAUGGGAACGAGAUAUGCUUCAAAUUCCACGAUGAAAUCGACGUCAACCAACUGGUGAACGUUGGCUACUCCAAGCUUAUACAAGGCAGUGUUGAGCAGGACGCAUUCUGGUUCAUCCGAGGCGUUCUACAGACCGUUGCUGACAAGCUUCCAAGCAGUACCGCCUCCCUAACAGCUAGCAACAAGAGGUAUGAUAGUAAUGGAGUUGUAUUUAACGAGUGCAGGAAGUUGACAACUUUGAUGGCCUUUCUCAAGUGCCUCAGCGAACCGUGCUAUUCGACCCUAGACGAAAAGGAUAUAGAUGCACUGAACGAGGCUAUUUGCGCCGAUGGUGGAUACAAGAAGUUCCGCACAACUAAGUUCGUGGAAAAGGUGUCUGAGCAUUUGACGAAGCUACGAAUACGCCAUGAAACGGGCAUAUAUGCCAACGGCGUGCUGCUGGAUAUAAUGGAGAAGGAUCGCAAUGUUGUCUGGUUGUGCAACUCAUACCACCGCUUCUAUGCAGCCAGCUUCGAUCCCACGGCGGAGAGCAAGGCCAUGGAACGCCUGAUCAGAGCAUUCGGGUUCAAAACUUGCCCGAUUAACUACUACCAGUGGGGCAGACUGAAGGCCAAGAGGACGCGAUUCGCCUACCUGCGCAUGGCCCGUUACUACGCUCUGCACGACCAACGGUGA